AUGGAGCGCGAGGCGCGCACGGCGCAGGCGUGCGGGCGCCUGGAGCGUAUGCGCGAGGCGUUUGACAAGUUUCUUACGCUAAUGGAUGAGAAAGCAAACGCCAAAAAUUUUACGCUCGCGCUGCCGCAUGCCGACGAAGUCGCGCUCGAGAAAGCGCGGCUGCAGUUCCUGCAGGACCUCAAAGCGGCGAUACGCGGCGAUCUGGAGGAGCUGAUUGUGAAGCACGACCUGAAUACGCGUCUGUCCGAGCUCGAGGACCUCGUGAGCGAGGCGGACGAGCGCGAAAAGCACGCAUAUACACCCGAGUCUGCCGAGCUCAAGGACGUCUGGCGCCCUGACCUCGGCAUCUCGACAGCGAUCCGCGCACGCGUCGCGGCGGACCAAGAGUCGCGCAUCCCCGCGCUCGAGCAGGAGCUCGCCGAGUUGCACGCCUCGAACGCCGAAUCGUGUGCGCGCAUCAAGGCGACCGAGGAAGAGGCGCAGCGGGCACAGCAGCAAGUCGACGAUGCGCUCACGAUGCUCGACGAGCUCCUCGACGCAGUGACACUCCAGGACGCCAACGAUGUCAAGGCGCUCGAAACGAUGCUCGACGCGCUCCUCACCGAGCUUGGGCCUAUGUAA